AUGUUUCGCGGCAAGCUGGUGCUGGUGUUCGGCGACUCGCUCUCCAAGAACUUCGCCGCGUCGCUGCAGUGCAUGCUGCACGCCGCCGACUCUACCGCCGCUAGGUCGUACCGCCUGGCGCAGAAGAAAACCACCGAGUGGGGCGUCGAGGUACUCCAGCAUCCGUCCACCAUCUCACUCUCUAUGUGGUGCGGCGUGCGGCCCGGCGUGAGUGCGCAGUUCCCGACGUACAAGAUCCGCUUCGUGUCCGUGUUCUCCAACUGGCUCAACAACGCCACCACCCUGCCCGACAAGAACGGCAUCGAGCAACACCGCAUUGACCUGGACGGCCUGGAUCAGCGCAUCAAGGACUUGCUGCCCAUCGCUGACAUCGUCAUCUUCCAGGCCAAUCAGCGUAGGAAUGAGAGCUUACAGCGAGCCCACUUCGGGUUUCCAUAUUCCAUUUCUCUCCUCCCGGCGCAUCGCCCUCCGUGGUAUGUGGCGCAGGCGACGGCGUGGUGGAUGCCGCCCAUCAACCGGUGGUACGUGGGCGGCAAGGAGGUGACGAUGAAGGCGACGGCGGCGUACGAGCGCGGACUGACGACGCUGCGGGACUACGUGGCGAGCAGCGGCGGCGGGUUCAAGGGGCGCGCCGUGGUGAUGGGCGUGUCGCCGUCGCACUACAACUUGCCCGUUGCGGGCGUCAAGAAGGGGUCGUGCAAAGUUCAACUCUAUGCUCACCAGCGUGCAGGUACGUGA